AUGGCGCAGUGGCUCUCCCAGAAGAUCUCCUUCAUGGAGUGUGCCGACAGAAGGCCGCUUAUGAUGAUGCUCUUCAUCGCCUUCUGCGUGCUGGCCGGCGUCUUCGUCUCCGCAUCUGGCAGCGGCGGUGAGGGUAAGCUUCAGAUCGACAUCCUCCUGAUGGUUGUCGUCCUCGCCUACCUCAUCGGGCACUACAACGCGAGCCCGGGGGCAGCUCGGCCGCCGAGCGCCGAUAAGAAGAAGAUCAGCGAGAAGAUCGCGCGAGGGCGCCGGCCCCUGCCGAGGGCGCGGCCCUGGGCGGAGGGCGCCCCGCCAGGCCGGGGGCCCGCGCCGCGGAGCCCCCGGCGCCGAGCGGGGAGGGCCCCGCCGAGGAGGAGGACCUGUUGGCCCCAUGCCAAGGGCCAAGAGGACCAGCGGGCGUCGGACAUGCGCAUCCUCGACCGCGUGCAGAGGGAGGGAGUGGUGCCAAGGGCCUCGCACGUCACGGCGGCGAUGAGAGCCUGCGUCAGGUGCAACAGCGCGGGCACGGCCGUCAGGCUGUUCGACCAGAUGCUGGAGGGCGGGGCCGUCCCCGAUGUGCAUCUGCUCUGCAAGAGCUCCGCCAGCAAGUUCUUCAAGCUCGUCGCCGAGAGCCUCGACGACAAGCGCAUGCGGGAGGAGGGGCUGCGGCUUCUCGAUGUGAUCCGAGCUCACGGGCUCUCGCCAUCUACUCUUGCCCAGAACCGCUUGAUCGUGGCGUUCCGGAGCAAGCUUCCAGAACAUGUCCUGGCCUACUUCGUGCAGAUGAAAGAAAGCGGCGUCAUGCUUAGCUCGACGGCGUACCGUUGCAUCAUGGCCGCCAACGAAAGGACUGGUCCAGAGUUCACGCUGAAGUUGUAUAAUGAGAUGCUGGAGUUAGGGAUCAAGCUCGACCGUGUGGCGUAUAAUGCGGUGUUGUGCGCUCUUUCUCAGCUCGGCAUGCUCGACCAGGCCCAGCAGAUGUUCCUGGAGAUGUCUUCCGCUGGGCUGGCCCCUAAUGGUAAAACCUUCGGCAUAAUGAUCAAGGUGUAUUACUCGAGCAAUCGCCCGAAAGAGGCAGUGGCCGUCUUCAAUGCGAUGCAGGAGCAACGCAUGGAGCCUGACCGUUUCGCCUACCACCACGCGAUCAACUCGUGCAUCAAGCUCCAGCGCCUCGAAUAUGCCCUCGAGCUGUACAAGGGCAUGCUUCAGGCGAAGCUGCCCCCGUGCGACAACACGCACAUCUACCUGAGCGCGGCGUGCAAGAAGCAGGGCUGGACGUCCACGGCGGACCAGAUCAUGAAGGACCUGGAGCAGGUGAAGGAGCUGCACGCGGCGCGGGGCCCGCUCCCGAAGGCCGCAGCAGGCGCGGGGAUCGAGCGCGGAGGCGGAGAGUGA